AUGAUAAAAUUGUAAGAAAUAGAAUAAAUUUAAGUUCAAAACCCGGACGUUUAGUAUUAAUGUUGACAGAUAGAUAUGCAGAGAAAAAAGCUUUAUUAAUAAAGGCAAAUGAGGAAAAAACAAAAGUAAAAAAGUGUUUAAUUGGUUAUGAUUAUAUAUUCCCAAAGGGUUUGGUAGUUAGAAUUCAAAGAUAUCCUAGAAAGUUUACAAAGAGAAUGGGAUAAAAAUAAAAAAGUAAGAGAACAAUUUUAAAGAUUUUUAUAAAGCAAUUAAAUCUGAACCAUAUAAUGCCAACAACAAGGUUGGGAAUGAUUCUAUAGUUGAAAUAGAUAUAAAUUAGAAGAAUCAACAUUGAAAGAAGUAAGGGACAGAAUAGAGAGAGUAAAGGAAUAAGAAUUGAAGAAUGUUGAAAAAAGAAAAAAAUUAAGAAAGAAUUUGAGAAAAUACUUGACAGAGAAAUACAAAACAUUACCAGUAGGAAGUUUUGCAGAUAAGAAAGGCAUAAUCAAGAUUCCAUUAAAUUAAGGUUCUGAUAUAAGUGAUAAGUAUAAAAAGUAAAAG